UCGGUAUUUACAUCUGGUUCUCCUUAUUUUGCAUUACUUGAACUUUGAUCAGUUUCUCAAACUUCGGCUCAGGCUAUUUGUUUUCAUUAAGUAAAAAUGUUUGAUGAUCUACCAGAUAAAAGCUAAGACCUUGAAAGCUAAGGACGUUAGACUAAUGAAUAAAAUGCUUUUUACUUGGCAAAACUUAUAGUAUAAUGAUUUUGAAAGUUUAUUUAAUGCAUUGGAGAAAGAUGCAAGCAAGAUGUACUGGUAUUGAGUUGUGGAUAUUUCCACAUGUGUAAGUCAUUUGUAAUUCCAUGAAGAAAUCAGAAUUAUCAGAUCAACCCUGAAGAAGACCCUGGCUAUCGAAACGGCGCCCAGGUCAAGAAAGGGUAACUCGGUAGCAAGGCGAAGAACUACAAUGUCACGGGCGCCAAAUGAUGAUCUUCCAACUUACAAAUUGGUUGUUGUUGGAGAUGGGGGUGUUGGAAAAUCUGCAAUUACUAUACAAUUUUUUCAGAAGCUCUUUGUUACUGAUUAUGAUCCAACAAUAGAAGACAGUUAUAUUCAACAUGCAGAAGUAGAUGGCCAGUGGUGUAUUUUGGAUGUUCUUGAUACUGCUGGUCAGGAAGAGUUUUCUGCUAUGAGAGAACAGUAUAUGAGAAAAGGGGAUGGCUUCUUGUUGGUUUAUUCGGUCACUGAUAAGCAAAGCUAUGAAAACAUAAUAAAUUUCCACACUCAAAUUCUGAGAGUUAAAGAUAGAGAUGUAUACCCAAUGCUGCUUGUUGCUAAUAAAGUGGAUUUAGUACACCUGCGUAAGGUUACAGAAGAAAUGGGAAGAGACCUGGCUCAAAAAUUAGGCAUACCUUAUAUAGAAACCAGUGCAAAAGACCCACCGCUUAAUGUUGAUGCAGCAUUUCAAGAAGUUGUUCGAAUCAUAAGAAAUCAGCCUCCAGCAGAAUUGGAAAAGAGUCGAAGAAAAAAAAAGAAAGGUUUGUUAGGUAAGUGCGCUAUUAUUUAAUUGUUAAUACCUUGGGAUGUGAGAUAUACAUUCCUUUAACAUAGCACCAUUUAAGCCAAUAUGAUUCUUCAUUCUUGGUGAACAAAUAAAAAACCUUCUGGUUACAUUGGGAAAUUUUGCAUCUACUGAUUCAUUCAUAUAUCUUCAAAUGUAUCAUCCAUUUUAUUUCGUGAUCUUAUUAUGUACCAAAGGUAUCUGAUAAAGUAAAAAUGGCCACAAAGAUUCCCGUCCUGUAAUAAAGACUAUUUUCAAGUGUUGUAUUAUUAUCCAUUUAAUUAAACAUGAUUUAAUUGUUAAAUGUUAUUUUUCAAAUGACUAGAAUAUAAUAAUUUUGAAUUAUGUAUUUGUCAAAAAUGGCCUAUAACAUUUAUUGUGCAUUGUUUAUAUGUUUCAUAUGAUGUGUACAUAGGCUUCAAUGCUUUUUGUGUGUAGCUUUCCGCUUUAAGAGUAUAAUAUUGGACAAUAAAAUCUCUUUAGCGGUAAUAAAUAAGGUGUCUUUAAGAUAGCCUUCGACUUAAUAAAAUGACCAAAUAGUAUCUUCAUCGUUCUCUUGUCAAAAACUCCUUGUGAUUAAUGAGAGUAUUAUUUGAGAUUUUUGAAAUUUUAUAUGUCAUAUUUUGGUGCAAAAUACUAAAUUAAGAAAGAGAGUAAAAAAUUGUAAGUGAUUUAUACAUAAUUGAGUAAAUGAAAAAUGUACAUACAUGUAAAUGUGUAAUUCAAUUACUUUUCUUGCACACAUAUUCAAACCAGGCAGCUGUCAAUUACUUGAGAAAUGAUAUAAACCCUAUAGUCCUAAGACCUUUUGCUGCUUAUUGAAACGAAUAGAAUAUAAAAUACUUAAAACAAGAUAUAAAAACAAAAUAAAAAAAAUAUCCUCACUGUUUUGUUUAAAUGUUCCAUAUUGUAUAAUUGUAAACUUGUAACACUAUCAUAAUUGUUGUAAAAUAAUUUUUAAAAUUAUAAUUAGUUCCAUUAGGAUAUAAUUAUUGUUAGUUAAACUAUUGAAUGAUAAAAUGAAUGACGAUUUUAACUAGCUUGUAAGUUAGUAGGAAAUGUGGUUAUUUCUAUUCACAGAGCCGUAUUUUGAUUAUUAAAACAUUUUGGUUGUUAAAAAAAAUUCUUAUUAAAUGUCAUGCAAUGUAAUACUAAUAUUUAUUAAAAGGACCAGCAGUCUGGAAAUGAAAAAUGAUUAAAUUAUGCUCAGUGUGAUGGCUUUAAAUUGUAUCCAAGUCAUGCAUAUUCUUACUAGAUUGCUCAACAAAUUAAUUGCAGGAUCUUUAUUUAUAAUAAUUUUUUCUUAAAAAAAAAUAGAGAAUUUUUGUAUGAUGUAUAAGGGUUACUUGGAUGCGAAAUGUUACAAUUAGCUAACUUUUAAAAACAGAGCUCUGAAAUAUUGAAUUCACUUGUUUACAUGGUAGAAAAGAGAUGUAUGCAGUCUAUUUGAUUUGCAAUAGUAUACAAUUUUUUUUUUUUUUAAGUCUGACUGAAGUGAUAUUUUAGCUUAUCAUAUGAAGUUUAUGUUAUAAUUAUAGUCUGGGUUUUUGCUUCUAUUGACUGUAUUUUCAAUUUUUCGGUUAUGAGUGCUUGCUUGUUAGUUUUUGGAUAAUUUUUUUUUUAUCAAAAAGUAUUUUUGGGUUUAUAUUUGUCUUAUAAUUACAUACAAUUUUAAAAUAUAUAAUUUGCCAUUAUAUGAAUUACAACAUUGUGAUUUUCCAAUUCUAUCAAAACUUUAAUUUAGAUCUAAUAGAAUAUAACCAUACUCUAUUAAAAUAAAUAAAUUAUUGCUUACAGCCUUUCGCAUCUAAGUGUCUCACAUUGGCUUUAUCCAAAUAACCUAACCUGAAAGGUUUUACUCUAAUACCUUCUUUUUUACUUCAAAAAUUUAGAGUGAUUGUGCCAAUAUUAUUGCUCACGUGAAGUUUGAUUGUCAUUAAAUCACUAAUCAGUUGCAUUUAAUUACUUUUGUAUUAUUGAAAUAUGAUAUAAAUAGUCUGAUUAGAUUAAUUUUAUCUUUUUGUAUUAUGUUAGUGUAUGUUAAAUUUAAACAGAAGUAUUGAAAUUUUUCUCGAGAAAAAUUUGGUGAAAGUUGUUUUUUCCUUUAAGAUAGUCUCAAAAGAGGUGAGUGAUUUUCUUGGUAUCAAUAUCAUUGCAAUGACAUUUGUUGAAUGUACAACGCACAAAUAAUAUUACUUAUAUAUAUAUAUAUACAUAUAUAAGAUAUAUCUUUGCUAUAUAUUUAUAUGCGUUUGUGUCCCUUUGCACAAACACAAAUGCAAUAAAUAUAUUUCAUGUAAUUUAGAUUGUAAUGUCCUAAGUGAAUCUCCACGGGUUGUCUGAUUGAAAUGUGAGGUAUCAAAGGCCUAUAUUCUCUUAAUAUAUAAUUUUCUAUCAUUGCCAUUUUACAACUGUUUGAAAAACAUGAAAUUCGUUGUAUUUAAAUAAUUUCAUGUUAAGUUUGUAUUACUUUCUAAUACAAAUAGUCAAUAGCAGUAUUUUUAUGUAAAGUGUGUUCCAAAGUUGAGCAGAUAAAAAGUCAUCAAAUAUCUUAAUUUUUUUACUUUUUUGAAUAGUGUAUGACUCUUAAUGACAUCCAUUGUAUUUUAAUUGAGAUUUUAAUUUUAUCUUCCUCAUAAAUUUUUAAAAGUGCUCCUUUUUUUAAUAUCUUAAUUGAUGUUAGCAUACUUCCUUGAGUAUCGAAAAUUUAUAAGACAUUCAGUAGUAUUAUUUAACAAUAUUUAUACCAGCUCUACUCUAAUGCUUUCAAAUUAAACCCAUUCUUUGCACUUAUAGUUUACGUAAGAAGAAUAUAGACUUGUAUAUCAAUAUUUCUUUUUAUUAUUAUUUAAUGAAGUAUUUACUGAUACAACCAAAUAGAUCAAUCCAUACUAUUCCUAGGUGGCAAUAACUUAAUCCUAAUAUAUUUUUUUU